AUGGAGCCAGACUUUGAAGCGGAUUGGUUACAGCAUGAGGCAGUUCUGGAAACAGGGGAACAGGAACAAUUGGAGCUCAAAUUCAUGAGCUUAAGUGGACAUCACAAGUCAAUCAAAGCCUGGGCAGAGGUAAAUGGCCGCCGUGUACGUGUUCUCAUAGAUUGUGGAGCUUCGGACAACUUCGCGACACCAGAGAUUAUCACCGAGUUGGGCCUGAGAAUUGACAACACCCCUAAGUUCCAGGUCAGGGUAGCGGACAGUACCAAUGCAGGGGGACAGGGAAGGUGUUUGGGUGUCACUCUCCAAUUCAAGGAAGUGGCAAUCAAGGAAGAUUUCUUCAUCUUCCCAACUGACGAAGCGGAAUUUGUCCUGGGACUGGCGUGGCUAGAUAAGUUGGGAGACGUUCUCGCAAACUUCAAAAAAUCACGCCUUCGAUUUCGGAAUGGGGACAGCAUGGUUACAUUGCAGGGGGACCCGGAGCUGUGCUAUGGAGGUAUGCACCUUCAAUCUGCAGUUUUGUCCAUUCAAGAAGGGGGAGAAGGAUUUACGGUCCAGCUAUGGCCCAUGACUUUGCAAGCGGCUACGGUAUCGCAGGUGCCGCAGGUAAUCGAAUCAGUGUUAGCUUCUCAUGCUAAGGUGUUUCACACAUUACCGGGGCUGCAACCACAUCGCUGCCAUGAUCAUGCCAUUCCACUGAUAGAAGGAGCUUCAGUUCUGAAUAUAAGACCUUAUCGUUACCUGCACCAUCAGAAAGCAGUAAUUGAACUAAUGGUACGAGAAAUGCUGGCCUCAGGGAUAAUUCGGCCAAGCUCCAGUCCCUACGCGAGUCCGAUAUUGUUGGUGAAGAAAAAGAACGGCAGCUGGAGAUUUUUUGUCGAUUAUAGGGCGUUAAAUGGUAUUACGGUGCCGGAUAAAUUUCCUAUUCCCGUCAUUGAUGAGCUACUCGAUGAAUUGGCGGGAGCUACAGUUUUCUCUAAGCUGGAUUUAAAAUCGGGGUACCACCAAAUUCGGAUGAGGGAUCAAGACAUCCACAAGACCGCCUUCCGCACUCAUGAGGGCCAUUAUGAGUUUCUAGUCAUGCCCUUCGGCUUGACCAACGCCCCUAGCUCCUUCCAAGCCUUGAUGAAUGACAUUCUUAAGCCUCUAUUGCGGAAAUUUGUCUUAGUCUUUUUCGAUGAUAUCCUCAUCUACAGUUAG